AUGUUGCUCGAUUGCUUGAAAUCAAAUUUGCCACCUCGAAAUCAUGCAACUCCUCAGUACUAUACUUGUUUCGGACGAGUGCAUGUUCAAACUGCUUUACAACUCAUUAUAAUUGUAACAUUUGCAUGGGACACAUUUCGAUGGAUCGAUUUCAUCGUCAAUCGAGGAAUUACUUUCGGAUGGAUAGAAAUUUUUGCGGAAAUUUGUAACGCCUUAUUCGGGAUUUCAUUGAUCAUCGCUUAUUGUUUCAAAUCAGCGUCUUUCUUGUUACCAUACCUUUUCCUUCAGCUAUUCACUCUGGUAGCUUCAAUGAUUUUAUUCUGCGUAAGCGUCUUGACUAUAAUAUGGCCCAAAAAUUCUUGGGCGCCCAGUUUCCAUACUUAUCCACCAACGAAAGCAUCCACUAUUCGACUAAACGCUUUAAUUUAUGCCAUAUCUCCACUUACUUUUGCGUUGAUGUUGAUAUGGGUGAUUCGUGUUUUGUUCGCUUGCUAUGUAUAUUUUAGCGAUCGAAAGAAAGCUGAAUCAAGUUUUCCUAUAAACAAUGGUCCCACUACAGGUGUUACUAUAACUUCACCAACAGCAGUAGCUGUGGCGUGUAUUUCGACCAACUCAACAUCAUCAACUACAUUCUCGAACCCUAACUUUAUUUUGCAAGAUGAAGGCGGAGAGAUACAACAAUGA